AUGGGAUCAGAAGAUCUGACAGAUCCAGAUCUCAGAGCAGCUAUUGAGGCUUCGCUGAGAGAUGUUCAGGGCCCUGGGGCACAUUCCACUAACGAACGCCAGCAAGAUGUUGUCGACCUCACUGCAGAUUCAGAUGAUGACGAUGACGAUGAAUUGCUUCCUGUGAAUCCCAAAUCCAAGUCAGUGAUCAGCUCUAAAAUGGAGAGCAGCGAGGCUAGCGAUGAUGAAGACUUGAAGAGAGCGAUUGAGUUGUCCUUGCAACAGUCUGAGGAUAUUGAGGAAGCUCCCAGUGACGCGAGAAACUCACGGGUUGGCGAUAAUAAAGAAAGUACCCAACCUGACAAAAAAGAGAUAUCAACAGCAGAGGUGAGGCCUUCUCAGUCAUCCGGUAUACUGGGAUUAAAUCGGAAGCAAAUGGAGGAAGAGCGUCUCGUACGAAUGGCAAAGAGGAAGGCAGAGGACACUGGAUCCGUCGAUCUUCGUCAAGUGAAACACUCAAAAACAGAGUCAAGUUCAUCAGUACGGCCAAGUGAUACUAAGAUCUUCUCGACGGCAUCGAUUGCCAAACAUGCUGUUCCUCCCAAAAACACUACCCCACCAGCAGCAAGACAGUUACAGUCCCUCCAACCUUCUCGUAAACCUGGUGUACAAUUCCCAAAGGGUAUCGUCAAGAAAACACAUGCACAGUACUGUCCGCGAAUGGGCGACGACAUUACGAUCGAGGAGGUCUUCCAAAAAGACGAUCUCGAGCUGGCCGUUCUGAGCUCGUUCAUCUGGGACAUGGAAUGGUUUUUCUCCAAACUUGAUACAAAACAUUCUCGGUUUCUUCUGGUAAUGCAGGCAAAGGACGAUGCUACAAAACGUCAAUAUGAAGCCGAAACGGCCUCCAUGCGCAACCUACGACUGUGCUUCCCCCCCAUGGACGGGCAGAUAAACUGCAUGCACUCAAAACUGAUGUUGCUCUUUCAUCCGGAGUAUCUCCGAAUUGUGGUCCCCACGGCGAAUUUGACUCCAUAUGACUGGGGUGAGAUGGGAGGUGUGAUGGAAAACAGCGCUUUUCUCAUUGACCUCCCCCGAAAAAGUAGUACUCUGUCCUCUAGCGAUUCAAAAACUGCAUUUUUGGAGGAUCUGGUCUUCUUCCUGAGCGCAAGCCGCCUGCAUGAGAACGUCAUUGCCAAGCUCGGGGACUAUGACUUUCGCGAAACAAAACAUAUCAUGCUCGUCCAUACCAUUGGCGGAUCACAUAUCGAAAACUUCUCGAAGACAGGCUUCUGUGGAUUGGGCCGUGCCGUGAAAGCACUAGGACUAAGCACCUUCAAGUCCAUCAGCAUUGACUAUGUGACAUCCUCCGUGGGCUCCCUAACCGAUGAGUUCCUGCGGUCAAUAUACCUCGCCUGCCAAGGCGACGACGGCAUGACCGAGCACGCCCUCCGAACAACGAAAACCAUGCCAGCUCGCCCUCCCACCACCACAAGCUCGAUCCUCCUCAAACCCGCCGCCGAGGAAUGCAAAGAUCGCUUCCGGGUCUACUUCCCCUCCCAGACGACCGUCGAACAAUCCCGAGGCGGCCCAAACUGCGCAGGCACCAUCUGCUUCCAGCAAAGGUGGUACGAGGGGCCCAAGUUCCCCAAGCAUCUGCUGCGCGAUUGCAAGAGUCGCAGACCGGGCCUUUUGAUGCAUAACAAGAUGCUUUUCGUGACGCCCGACGAACCCAUUACUCUGCCGGAUACCUCCCAAUGCCAAGGAUGGGCGUAUGUAGGCAGUGCGAACUUAUCCGAGAGCGCAUGGGGCCGCCUCGUCCAAGACCGCGCGACCAAGCGGCCCAAGCUCAACUGCCGGAACUGGGAAUGCGGGGUCCUCAUCCCCGUCCGUGCGGAAGCGACGGCAGAGAACCGACCAAAGGAGUCAGAGUCGAAGCCAGUGGACGGCUUGGACAAACCGGGCGAAGGUGAAGUAGAGAGGAUGCUGGAUACGUUCAAGGAUACUGUUCCCGUGCCGAUGAGGGUGCCGGGGCAGCGGUACGGGCCGGGCCUGAAGCCGUGGUUUUUUUGA